AUGGAUGGCGCACGCACGAGACCAACUCUCCAAAACGAGGAAGAUAUUGCCCAUGUCGUCUGGGCAGCUCAUAUUAUCUCGUAUCUUACAAACAAAGGGAAUAAUGCGGAGCUGGCAGAUGAAGCCGACGACGACACUGACAAUGAUGAAAUAACUGAUCAUGAGACGGACUGCGAGACGGAAAAGGCAGUGAUUCUGUCUGGAUCCCGAGAAUCCGUUCGACGGAAGUUCUUGGAUUGUAUCGCGCAGCUAUUCUCACACUGUAAGGGGCGGGGCGGGGUUACGGGGGCUGCACUGCGUGAGAUGGAAGAUGGCGUUGAGGUGGAUAUUGCGCGCAACGACGGGUUCUCUUCUGAUCUCGAAGCUCUGGGAUAUUGCAGGAUCGUGGAGCAAUAUUUGGCGGGCUCUUUUGAAGAAACAAAGAGUCCUGCAGAUUCUGGGACUGACUUUGAGCAGACUGCUGUGGGUUAUAUGUCUGAAAGGGUUGACGAGUGGAUCAAGGACCUCCAAAGGGUUAUAAGAAAGACCAAGAAGGCUCGUCUAUGCAUUGAUCAACAACACGGAGAGGAGACGGCAGCUCAAGACUGGGCAAGAACGAUGGAGCAGGCACUGCAAUUCGAUGCAGAAAAGACAGAUUCCGAGACGCGGUUCUCAAUAGUCAAGCAUGCAUACAGAUGCGUGAACAUUACUGAAGUCCAAGACUUGCUCUCGCAUAUGUUUGGCCAGGAUGGACAAAAGCUCUGGGACAGGCUGAAUUUCAUCGCCAGGCCACUAACAGACGCCCGAUUACUGAGAUCGAUAGCAGUGCAAGAGCCACAAUUCCGAAACUGCCGAGUUUCACUGGUGCCGCCAAAGCCGAAGACAGCUCUGGACGAGAGAUACGUCGUGGGAAUUUCGGAGGCAUCGGAGCGACUAGGGCUGGGAUCCGUACCAGCUUCAAGACUUUAUUCAUCUAACCAGAGCUUCAAGGAGGCGUGCGCAGAACCAUUUGGCCUCCAUGCUGAGAUGCAGUUAGUCUUGCAUUACGAUGAGCAGCGUGUACCACAGCCUACUUUAGACUACUUUGGAUGCAGUAAGAAGAGUUGCUUGCUCUGCGAGACAUUUCUGGCCGCGUUGCCAAACCCGAUUGACACACGCGGCAGGCAUGGUGUCUGCUAUCCCGCCUGGGGCGUGCCAGUGUCCGAUUCAGCCGGUAUACAGGACACUAUCAAGGAGUUAGGAAAGAGCCUCGUGGCUCGCAUUCGAGAGCUGCUCAAUGUAAAGCACCUGGGUGACAAUGUCAAGCAGUCAGAGAUAGUGUCUGGGUUUUCGGCCCUGACUCUGGAGGAGUGGCGCCAGAAGGAGCUGACCGUACGACAGUACAAGGAUAGCCAGACGCAACAGCAAAGAGACAUGCAAAUUAAACAGGGUAUUGCGCCAACUACGAGAUCCAAACAUCAACCACUCCAGAACUUUGAGCCCGAAGACUGCUGUGUCAUGUGUAACACCAGUCCAGGACGUCCAUGCGCACGGUGCCGAAGCACAUAUUAUUGCUCCGAGGAAUGCGAGAAGAGCGACGCUGCUUCACACGGGAGGCUCUGUGAACAGUUUGCCUCGCAGACUGACAGACCAUCCCCGCAACAUAAACGCGCCAUAUUCUUCCCGGCAGACAGCGAGGAGCCAUCCUUGGUAUGGGUCCCAUGUACCCGCAAGUAUGAAACCGAGGAGCGCAUGAGCUGGACGCAGCUGAACCCCCACCCCUAUCUCGGAACAGAUGAGCCAGCCAAAGAAAGCUUGCGAAUUGAACACAACCCGGUCCGAUCUCGAAACCUGGGAUCUGGGUUUGCAGGCGCUGCUAUUCGUAAGGAGGGUUACUGCGUCUCCCUGGUGUAUCGUGAGCUGUAUUUAAAGGACGGGUCAAAAACGAAUAGAAGUAUCCAAGCCUGCAUUGCAGCAUCUGGCCCUUUAACAACCCCGCAUGAAUAUCGGGGACCGAUGAUUGCUCUGCGAGAAACCCACCCGGAAGACUAUGAGGAUAUAACAUUGGCCGACUUUCGACACAUAAUGGAUUAUCUGGUAAGCUACAGAGACACAAAGGUGAGGGAAACGGUCCCAGAUUUGCGUCACCGCGCCCCAUCCACCAUGCGCGGCGUGAGGAUUUGCUGUUACGGUGAACUGAAGGUCCAUGGCUCGCACCCAUUCGUGGCUGUCGAUGUCACCAGGUCUAACCAGAUCGCACUUGGGGACGGAUCCAUCUCGCCAAUAUCUGUCUGUCUCGGCAUGCCGUUACGGCUGUGGAAGGAACCGGACCAUGAGUUCCACGAAGACCCGCCGGGAUGGGCAGGGCACAUGAACGCAGAUAGUAACCAGAACGUUGCUUUCUUGAUGUUGGAGACGGACCCGUUUCACGAGUGGUGGGGAUGGGCGCCUAUGUACUGGAAUCGCAGGAUUGGGAAUGUCUGCGCGGUUCGUGAAGACGGGGAAGACCUGUCUAUGGACGAUGUGGCGAUGAUGUGCUACUUUGUGAGGCGCAAAUUGCAGCCCAUGUUUGAGGAGGUGCUGGAAUCGGACACGAGUGUGGAAAGUAGGCGAGGGGCUCUUGAUUUUGUAACUCGAGAUAAUAUGGUCGCUUAUUGGAGCGCGGAGGGAGGCAUUCGCAAAUGGGACUAG